CCUGUUCGUUUCCUGGUCCAGCUGCCAUCCUGAGGGGAGGUGCGCCAGGUACCACCUGUUGGCCAAAUGCUGCCCAAGGCAGCUGUCUCUGCCUCCACUGGGCUCGGGACCCCUCCCCAGGACAGGGACCUGGGAUCUUUUGGGGUCCUGGGGAAGUGGUUAGCCUCAGGUCUCUGUUUGCCCUUUUGUCUCGGGUGGGGCUGGUUGGGAACCGGUCUGGUGAGGGAGGGAGGCUGCCCUGGCCGAGGGGUGGGGCCCUUGCGUUCCUUAGUUGGAGCCUUGACCCGUCCCCUCCCCUUUCACAGUGAAGGAGUCUUCAAAUGCCCUGAGGACCAACUUCCUCUGGACUAUGCCAAGAUCUACCCAGACCCAGAGCUGGAGGUACAGGUAUUGGGCCUGCCUAUCCGCUGCAUCCACAGCGAGGAGGGCUGCCGCUGGAGUGGGCCGCUUCGUCACCUACAGAGCCACCUGAAUACCUGCAGCUUCAACGUAGUCCCCUGCCCCAAUCGCUGCCCCACCAAGCUGAGCCGCCGUGAUCUGCCCACACAUUUGCAGCACGACUGCCCCAAGCGUCACCUCAAAUGCGAGUUUUGUGGCUGUGACUUCAGCGGGGAGGCCUAUGAGAGCCACGAGGGCAUGUGCCCCCAAGAGAGCGUGUACUGUGAGAACAAGUGUGGUGCCCGCAUGAUGCGGCGGCUGCUGCCCCAGCAUGCCGCCUCUGAGUGCCCUAAACGCACCCAGCCUUGCACCUACUGCACCAAGGAGUUCGUCUUUGACACCAUCCAGAGCCACCAGUACCAGUGCCCAAGGCUGCCUGUGCCCUGCCCCAACCAGUGUGGCGUGGGCACCGUGGCUCGGGAGGACCUGCCAGGCCAUCUGAAAGACAGCUGUAGCACUGCCCUGGUGCUAUGUCCAUUCAAAGAUUCUGGCUGCAAGCACAGGUGCCCUAAGAUGGCCAUGGCACGGCAUGUAGAGGAGAGUGUGAAGCCACAUCUGGCCAUGAUGUGUGCCUUGGUGAGCCGGCAGCGGCAAGAGCUGCAGGAGCUGCGGCGAGAGCUGGAGGAGCUAUCGGUGGGCAGUGAUGGCAUGCUUAUCUGGAAGAUUGGCAGCUACGGGCGUCGGCUACAGGAAGCCAAGGCCAAACCCAACCUUGAGUGCUUCAGCCCGGCCUUCUACACGCAUAAAUACGGCUACAAGCUGCAGGUGUCUGCAUUCCUCAAUGGCAAUGGCAGUGGUGAAGGCACACAUCUCUCGCUUUACAUUCGUGUACUGCCUGGUGCUUUUGACAAUCUCCUUGAGUGGCCCUUUGCCCGCCGUGUCACUUUCUCCCUGCUGGAUCAGAGCGAUCCUGGGCUGGCUAAGCCGCAACAUGUCACAGAGACCUUCCACCCAGACCCAAAUUGGAAGAACUUCCAGAAGCCAGGCACUUGGCGGGGUUCCCUGGAUGAGAGUUCCUUGGGCUUUGGUUACCCCAAGUUCAUCUCCCACCAGGACAUCCGCAAGCGAAACUAUGUGCGGGAUGAUGCAGUCUUCAUCCGUGCCUCUGUUGAACUGCCCCGGAAGAUUCUCAGCUGAGUGCAGGCAGGGCUUACGGGGACAGGGGAUGGGACGUGACCUCAGUCAGGCACUGGCUGAAUCUGGAGAGGGGGCCGGAUCCCCUUUCAGCUGCUACUGCUGCCUAGGUUCUUUUGCCCUGUUCCCCUUUUUGUCCCCCUCCUCUUUUCCCUACCACCCUCAGGUGCCUCCAGUUGGUGCUUCAGCCCUUGCCCCUAUGGGGAGCAGGUCUCGGGGUCAUCAAGGGCUGGAAACAAGUGAUCCUAGGGCCUGUCUCCCCUCUCAGCCAGAACAGACAAGCCUUGGUGCUGGCCACUCUCCCCGGGACUGAGGUGCCUGCUGGUGCUGUGUCCCAAGAGCCAUAAGUAGGGGGGCAGGGAGGGUCGGGAAAGGAUGGGUACUUAAAGAAUCUGUUUGGAGUCUGUUUUCUCUUCCUCUUACCCCAGCUGUGCCCCUCUGGUUAUUUAUUUCCUCGGUACUUAGGGGACACAGCAGAGGAGCCCUGAUUUUUAAUAAAUCUUGAAUUGUA